CAGGCAUGACGGUGAAGAGAAACUGGGUCACCGAUCGAGAUUCGUUUAUGUCACAGCUGUGUGGGUUGCUGUUACAUAUUACCCAUUGGCUUUCAAUGGAUAGACUAAUCUCAGUGGACCUAUUAGGUUGACGGUUUGUACCAGCUGCUUAAGGAUCAAUUCAUAUUGGGCUAGGCUGGCCACAUCAAACUGGAUGAAACUAGGUCAGGCUGAAUCAAAACUAGACCAGAUCUGAACCGAGCAGACCAGACUGAUCCAGACGAUACCGGGCCCAUCCAGGAGGCCUGUUCCAGGUUCCUAUCCAGUUGAGGGCUCAAGAGUGGAUGGAAGGAGAUGAUUUUAACACAGAGGCAGUGAUGAACAUCUGUGAUGACCUGAUGGCAGACCAAAGGAUGGACAUCUCUUCUACAAUGACUGACUUCAUGUCCCCCGGGUCCACCGACCUCAUCUCCAGCUCCAUCAGCACGCCUGGCAUGGACUAUACCCGCAAGAGGAAGGGCAGUACCACCGACUACCAAAUUGAUGGCUUCUCAUUUGAUGACAUGGACCCAGACAAAGAUAAACUGGGAAGUGACCAACAGGGCCGGAUUAAAAAUGCCAGAGAGGCUCACAGCCAGAUUGAGAAGCGUCGCAGGGACAAGAUGAACAGCUUCAUUGACGAACUGGCGUCACUGGUGCCCACCUGUAAUGCCAUGUCCCGCAAGCUGGACAAGCUGACGGUCCUGCGCAUGGCUGUCCAGCACAUGAAGACGCUCAGAGGUGCAGCCAACCCAUACACGGAGGCCAACUACAAACCUUCCUUCCUCUCAGAUGAUGAACUGAAGCACUUGAUACUGAGGGCUGCUGAUGGUUUCCUGUUUGUGGUUGGGUGUGAUCGUGGCAAGAUUCUCUUUGUUUCUGAAUCAGUCUACAAAAUACUCAACUAUAGCCAGAACGACUUGAUAGGUCAGAGCCUGUUUGACUACCUUCACCCCAAGGACAUUGCCAAGGUCAAAGAGCAGCUGUCCUCUUCCGAUACGGCCCCACGAGAGAGGCUCAUUGAUGCUAAAACUGGUCUGCCAGUGAAGACAGAUAUCACCCCCGGUCCAUCUAGACUCUGUUCUGGAGCCAGACGGUCAUUUUUCUGCAGGAUGAAGUGCAACAGGCCUUCUGUCAAAGUAGAAGAUAAAGACUUUCCCUCCACCUGCUCAAAGAAAAAAGCCGACCGCAAGAGCUUCUGCACCAUCCACAGCACAGGCUACCUGAAGAGCUGGCCUCCCACCAAGAUGGGUCUUGACGAAGACAAUGAACCUGACAAUGAGGGCUGCAACCUGAGUUGCCUGGUGGCCAUCGGCCGCCUGCACCCCCACAUUGUCCCCCAGCCCAGUCUGGCAGACAUCAGAGUGAAGCCCACAGAGUACGUCUCCCGGCACGCAAUUGAUGGCAAAUUCGUCUUUGUUGACCAAAGAGCCACAGCCAUCCUAGCCUACCUUCCCCAGGAGCUGCUGGGGACCUCUUUCUAUGAGUAUUUCCACCAGGACGACAUCGGCCACCUGGCAGAGUGCCACAGACAAGUGCUGCAGAUGAGAGAGAAGAUCAACACCAACUGUUACAAAUUCAAGAUCAAAGAUGGCUCCUUCAUCACGCUGAGAAGCCGAUGGUUCAGCUUCAUGAACCCCUGGACCAAGGAGGUGGAGUAUAUCGUCUCCACAAACACUGUUGUGUCGUGUCCUAUGAUGGAAGGAUCAGACUACCCUCAAUCUGCUGCCUCACCCCAGAGUAUGGACAGUGUUCUCACCUCAGAUGGUGGGGGAAGGCGGGCGCUGCAGACGGUGCCUGGCAUCCCAGGUGGCACAAGAGCGGGAGCCGGCAAGAUUGGACGUAUGAUCGCAGAGGAAGUGAUGGAGAUCCAGAGGAUUCGAGGAUCCUCUCCCUCCAGCUGUGGCUCUAGCCCUCUAAACAUCACCAGCACCCCUCCACCCGACACCUGCUCCCCAGGGGGCAAGAAGAUUCAGAAUGGAGGGACACCCGAGCUGCCGAGUACAGGGAUCCUUCCUGGACCUGAUUCUGUAGGCUACCCCUACUCCAACCAGUCAAUCAUGAGCGACAACUCCCACCUGAGCAUAGACAUCAUGGACGAGCCCGGUUCCAGCAGCCCCAGCAAUGACGAGGCGGCCAUGGCGGUCAUCAUGUCCCUGUUGGAGGCAGAUGCUGGCCUGGGCGGCCCCGUUGACUUCAGCGACCUGCCUUGGCCUUUGUGAGGAAGCUGGAAGGGAAGAAAUAGAGAGAGAGAGACUCUGAGCACCAGAGCUACUGAUGGAGAGAGUUUGGUCAGGUUGAAUUCUGGCUGCCAUGUUUCCUGCCCUCUGCACACAGCUACACUUCAAAAAAUGUUCAUCUUAACAAAUGAUUUUUUUAAUUUAAAUUCUAAGAUUUUUCCUUACAGAAAAGAGACUAUUUCUCUUAAUGUUAUUUACUGCAGUUCCGUCUGGAUGGCUCUCAUUACUGUUCAGAUUUCACUCCUACUUUUUAACUCAUAAUUCCAUGUAAGUUGACCUGCAUUUCAUUGGGGCAAAACGAUGGAUUAUUAUAUAAAAAUGCUGGUCCAGAUGAUGUGUUAAGAUGAUGUUUGCAGUGUUAUAGUUGUCUGUAGAUGAGGGGUUCUCUAACAUUGCCACGAUGACGGACCAUUACUCUAAAAACAGUUCAGCAAAUGGAAUCAUAAGUUAUAGGUCUGCGGUGCUAACAUGUCUGCUGAUGGACUGAUCAAGGUCCAGAACAGUGGUUCUGGGCCUUGUCAUUGCCAGGUAUCAGCCAACCCAUAGCCAACACAGGACUCCUGAGACCUUCACGGACAGUGGUUGAAGUUUGAUGUGGGGUGAAAUGUGGUGUUGGGGUGGAGAGCAUUUGAUGUCUGCCUCCUACCAAAGCCCUCUCAACAUCUGUAACUGUAUGCUAUUCUCCUUGUAGGACGUUGAUACCAUACAAACACGGCUAUGGUGCACUCCACCGAAAAUGGCCAUUUUAGCCAGCUGAUCUCCAACAUGGGAAAUUAAUACACAGCAGUUAUCCUUUGGAGAUUUGCUUGGAAGACACUUAGAAGUGCGUUAUUCCCAAAAUUCCACAAGCGGGUGUAUUUCAGUUCUUUUAAAUAAUGAGAAAAUCCUAUUUGGAAAAAAAACACCUAGCUAAUGUUUCCUUAACUAACAUGAACAUUAACAACUUUUUCUCCAAGCUACUCUAAAGCUUAUAUUCACUAAAUAAUAUUUUCCCAGAAGAGUAAAUCAGAUUCUGUAUUUUUCCUGAGUUUGAAACAGAGUUUGAAACAUUAAUUUUAAGCAAAACUAAAAAAAACUGACAGCACUCACAGUAGUUCUGUAAGAAUAAGUUUGUGAUGAUAAAUUUUAAAGCUAUCCAAAAAUAAUACACAAGAAGCUCUUGCUUGUUGCGUCCGGUGAUUCAUAUGACCUGCUUAGUAGACAUCUUCAGUCCAAGUAUGGACCCCAUCCGAAACCAACCAUUGCAACCUAGCCUGGUCUGAAAGGGGACCUGAGGACACUCAGUUCAGGCUUCAGACUUGGUCCAAGAAGACCUGGGGUUAAUUGGGUGUGAUCCAAAAAUGUGAUUUGAUCCAAACAGACAAACAUGAAAGACCAUAGUUGAAUAAAUGUUAUAUGAGCUUGAA